AUGGCUUUCCGGCCCAACUAUGGAAUGCCUUCCUAUCCCCGUGAGUUUCUAGCGAUUGAAACGUAGUGCAUAAAGAACAAUUUAGACUAUCCACAACAACAACAACAGAUAGUCUUCGGUCAGAUGCGAAUGCCCGUGCAGCAUGUAAGUAACAUUUUCAAUGAAAUGUUGCGUAAAUCGAAUUCGAUUUUUUCAGCCUCCUGCAGCAGCUCCAGUAAGACAACAAGAGCCGACUCCCGUGUUUGUUGGAAAUAUUUCGGAGAAGUGCACUGACGAAUUCAUUCAAAAGAUGCUCAAUGUACGUUGGAAUGUUCAAAGCUCUUGUCUCGAAUCUUCUCAAGUUAAUUCAACCUUAUAUAUAAAACUAAAUGUUCGCAGGAAUGUGGCCACGUGACGAGUUGGAAGCGCAUUAAAGGCAACAACGGCAAGCUUCAAGGAUUCGGAUUUUGUAAUUUCUCUGAUUUGGAAGGAACACUUCGUGCUCUUCGUAUCCUACACGACUUUCAUUUGGGAGACAAGAAGUUGACUGUCAAAGUGAGAAAAUUGUGUUAUAUUGUCUCUCAACAAUUGAUUGUUUGUUAGGCAGAAGAAAAAGUGCGUCACGAUCUUCGUAAAACCGCUAUCGAAAAUCGAAAACGUCAAGGUGAGCUUUUUACGAAAAAACCCAACUUCCGUACAAAAUUACAUUUCUUCUGGUUUUGAAGCAUUAUUUGCAUCACCGAUUAGGUAACACAUUGUUCACUGUUUUCGUGCAUGAAUGCAUUUCCUUCACCUAAAAGUCGAGUUUUAUGUUAACAAAUGCAUGACGUUCCUUUUGUACUCUUCUGCUAUUUUUUCUCCUAAUUUUUGAUGUAGAUACAGCUUUAAUUGCCAAAUUUGUUUCUCUAAUAAGCACAAAUUUUAGGGAAGAAAGAGUUGAAGCUGAAAGAUGGUGAAUUGCCUGCCGAUGAGGACGAUUUGAAGAAGGACGAGGAGAUUCGGCUCAAAAUUCUUCAUUGGAUGGAGACGGAUCACAAAGAACUGUUCACAGUUACCGAAGGUGAGUGUGAAACGAAUGGAAACGCCAAUGUAUUGCUUUUACGUCUUCAAUUCUCAACUUUCAGACGGAGAGGUGUCGGAUGAGCUCAAAAAAACACGAGCGCAGGACGGGAAACUCGCAGAAAAAUCGGCAACAUCUUCUGGAGCUGGAACACUGAAAAGAGUGAGUGAUUACUGAAACAAACCCAAUUUUUGCUCAUCCGUCCGAUCGCCCAACGCGAAAAGCUUGAACUUACGAGUGAAAAAGAAAAGCGUAAGCCUUCAUAAAUCCCGUUUUGAUUCUGAAAUCUAUAUAGGCAUAUAAUCAGCAAAGAUACGGAUGAAAAUCGCGAUACCGUAAGUUUUGACCGCCUUUUUCCAUUAAACAUUUCUUAAAAUCUGAAAACCAAGUAUAGAUGGCCUUAAAAGUAUUUAAAAAAAAGGUGUUUUAAAACAACAGAAAUCCUUUGUUUUUACCCUCAAAUUGCACAAAACUGCCUAAACAAGUGAAUAAACAAAAUCAUGUGCAUAUCUGGAGAAUGAUUGUAAUAUCCUCUACUAUUAACUAACUAACACAUCUGUUGGCAUGCUAAACAUCUGUCUUUCUUCUUCUUGUUUUUUGUGUCCCGGUGAACUUGUAGGAGUUCUGGUGGCUUUUGCUCGAGAAAUCGAAAACCGCCCGAUUCUCUUAUACAGUCCCCCUUUGCUUUUGCAUGCGGUCUUCACUUUUCCACCUAGAUUCACCCAUCACCCACUGCUUCUUCUUCCUCAUUUCUCCUUUUUUCCAUCUUUUCUAUCUCCUCUUCUACUUCUUCUUUCUCUACUCUUAUUCAGUUCUGAAAGCGCCCUUUGUCAUCGUCAAUCGUCGUCAUCAAGUAUGUUCCAAGUACUAAUUCUUCUUCAAUUUUUGCGUUAAGCAACCAGCGUACGUUUGAUUACAGUCGUUCCAGAAGGCAUCCACACAAAGUGAUGUGUCAGCACAAACACAGAAAUAGGCCUCUCAUCCUGGUGGUAUGUUGUUGAGUGAUUGAACAUGUGUUUGUGUGUGUGUGUGUGUCCUUUUUCGAGUGUGCUCAUCUCAUCGGCUUCAUUCUUUCGCUUCUCGGUGUCUUUUCUUGUUUCAUCCUUUUUUGUUCUUUUAUUUUUUACGAAACAGUUUGUAGGCAGAGCGAUCUUCAUCGUUUUCAUCAUCACAAUCGGUGAGAAACAUUCGCUUCUUUUCUGUGCUCUUUGAGUCGUUAGUGCGUGUUUUCUCAAUGACUUUUGUCGGCCAGUCAUCGUAUGUUUUGCUUUGAUCUUCCAGCUUCAAAUCUUAUCUUGUGUGACUUCUACUCACCCCCCGACCCUUCUUCGUCCAUCUUUCUUAUCAAAAAAUUGAACCAACCUCACCUCCACCACCCACGCACUUUGUUGCAGCUCACCACAAACUCGUUUAAAAUUCCGUGACAUUUUGCAGACAAAACCCGAUUGGAUAUUCUGAACUGUUGUAGACCGAGUCGUAAGUCUCAAAACAAAACAAAAAAAGUCUGAAUUUGUUGGAAAUCGCAAAAAAUGAAUCAUCUGUCAUCACUAGUUAAGUGUGGCUUCUCUAUCUUAACUCUUAUUUUGCAUGCUCCUCUCUUUCACCCUCUCAUUUGUGUGUUUGCAAGUUCGGAACAUUAACCCUGGUAAACUUAUAUGAUGGCCAAAAAGUUGAUUGGUGAAAAGCCACAAAAGGUGAUGGUCGUUGAUCGAACAAAAAUGCCAAAAAGGUACUACUAUGUGUAUGUCUCUUUGUGUGCAUCUACAAUAUCAAUGUAAUCAUCAUCAUUCUCAUCUUGUUUCUCUACAUCAUUUGUAUCUACAUCUCUCGAAUUUGCUUCACUCUCAUCAUCUCUCACAUCACCAAAAUGAUUGUUAAAAGUAUUAUUAUUAUGAAAAGUUGCGAGAAAGCUGUAAAGGCUUUGCAUUUAUUCUUGUAGCAUGUUGAACUUCAAAUGAUAAGCUUUUAAAUUUCAGGAUGAUCGGAGCCGACGUCAUCGCACCAGAAGCCGUGAUGGAAGAUCAAGACGUUCGAGGAGUAAGGAUUCACCCAGAAGCAAGUAAGUCCUUAAGGAAUUGUUGAAAUGUUAAGCCUAAUGUCAUUUUCUUCUAGGAAAUCGCGUCGAAGUCCGUCGAGCUCAGGCUCCUCUUCAGGGUCGGGCUCAUCUACCUCUCGCAGCUCCUCCUACUCGUCCCGCUCUCGAACGCCGGAUCGAAAGAAAGCUUCCUCGUCGAAACGCCGUCGUUCUCUCUCCCGAUCAUCUGAAGACAGCGACGACGCGCGUGAGAAGCGCAUUAUAAAGAAUAUGAUGAAAGAGAAGGAGCAAGCAUAUCACGCCCGUCUGAAUCGAUGGGAAUCACGUGAACGGCAAAUGGCGAAGAAAUACGAAAAGGAAGAGCGGAAAGAGAAGGACAGGAAGAAGAACAUUCAGAAGGAGCACAAGAAACUAAAAUUGUUCCUGGAAGAUUACGACGACGAACGGGACGAUCCAAAGUUCUUUAAGAGCUCCCUUUUCUUCCAAAGGAAACGAGAUUUCGAAAGAGAACGAGAGGCCGAUCAGAAGGAUCGAUUGCAGGAAAUUCUGGAGAUUGAGGAGCUCAAGAAACAAAUAAUGGCCGAGGCUUCUAGCGAUGCGACAAUAAAUGUGGACGAGGAGGCCAGGAAAAGGCAUCAGUUAAAGGUGAGUUGUGUUGAAAGAAAAGCGUCGAACUCAAUAACAAUCUCGAUCAGUUUCAGGAGGAGGAAGCGAUGCGCAAACUUCGUGCCGACUCUGGCUCGCCGAACCCGCAUCAACCACUCGGUCAAUCGGCGAACGGUGCAAACGGGGAGUCGUCGAGCGACGAUGAGAGUGGAAGUGAGAAGACGGACGGAAAGAAGGAGGAGGAAGAGGCAGAAUCGAAAGAGCACAAUGGAGCACCGGGAGAAGAAGAAACAGACGGACCAGCGCGCACGACUGUAACUGAGACCACUCGCCUUGGCGGUGGAGGAUCAGUAACAAUCGGGCCAGGAGGAUGGAAAGCCAUCGGAGGGGACUCGCACGCGGCUCCGAGCAUUGUCCGACCGACGUCGAGCAGCUCAAGCGUGCCCAAAAAAGAGCCAUCACCAAUUCCCAUAGCCCAACGGCUCAGUGGAGUUUUCGGAAACGACGACGACGAGGAUGAGAUGCACAAGAGGAAGAAGCUGAAACCGUUUGAGAUUACCCGAGAGGAAAGGGCGCAAGUGAUGACGGCCGACGAGAAGAAGGAGCUCACCAAGCAGAUUAUAAAAAAGAUUCCACUCACUAAAGGUAAACGUUAGAUUUGAUUUUCAGCAUAAGAUGCUUCUCUUUUUCAGAAGAGUUGUUCCUGCACAAAAUAGAAUGGGAUCAGCUGGAUCGUCAGUGGAUGAACGACCGCAUCCGACCGUGGGUCGCCAAGAAAGUCAGCUCGUUCCUCGGCGAAGAGGACACCACGUUUUGCGAUUUCAUUUGUGAGCAACUCGCGUUGCAGACCUCGCCCGACAAGAUUCUCAAGGAUGUUGCUGUGGUGAGCACUGAAACUGGGCGAAAACCGAGUUUGACCUACUUUUCUAUAUAAUCAUGUUGUAGAUCAUUGACGAGGACGCCGAGCAGUUUGUGAUUAAAAUGUGGCGACUGUUGAUCUACGAGGGACAGGCCCGUCGCCUUGGCAUCACCUAA